GUCAUCGUGAAUUUUCUAACGGUAUGUAUGUAUUUAUCAGAUUUAAUCUUUAUGUUCUUCAGAGUUAAAGCAAAAAUAGUUGAGUUCCAUUUAAAUAAAGUAAAUGUAAAAGUUACUUGAAGUAAUACUUUACAUAAGUUAAUCGUUGAAAUAUGUCUGAGCUUACAGACAAAGUUGAGGAGUGUAAGUUCGAGGAUCUAUCAAUAGAAGAUCAACAUAAUGGAUCGAUACUGUCAGGCAAAUAUAUACCCGAUGAAUUAUUAUGUGAAUUAUUGAGCUACGUUAAUGUGUGGUCGCUUCUACGUUGCCACUUAGUUUGCAAAAGAUGGAAGAAUUUAAUUCAAGAUUACGUAUGGAAAAAAAAAGCACAAUUGAUACUCGGAGCUUCGUUUCAAAGCUCGAUUUCAUGGGAGUCAUACUAUGAGGUCUGUAAAAGAAAUCCAUUUAAUCGUAAUUUGAUAAGAAAUCAUUCUGGCCAAGAAGGUAUGAAACACUGGAAAAUAUGCGGAACAUGGGGUGAUGAAGAAAACUGGAAAAUCGAGAGUCCACCCGAAGGAGCCUUACCUUUACCAGAUGAUCCUGUUUUCGAAGGACAUAAUUGUUAUUUUACUUCGCGCUACGCUGAAACAAAAACCCAAAUAAUCAACCUUAUUGAUGAAGGAUUGUCUCCUGACUUUAUUGAUAGAUUUCAACCUCCUAUUCAAGUAAGUGACUGGUACAGUUGCCGUUCCAAUCGUUUCGCCUACUAUUAUUGUGAUGUAUGUUUAAUAACUCCCGGCAAAGUAGUAACAUUUUAUCACCAUCAAGAUUAUUUUCAAAAUGACAAAAAGGGUAAAUGGUCAAAAUUUUUUCAUGAAUUCAGAAACUACGGAGUUGGUGUUAGAAGAGUGCAAUUAGUACAUCAAUGUAAAACUAUUUCGUCCUUUUGCGGAGAAUACGGUGGCAGACUGGCUGGAACUUCGGUGGUUGUUAAAUUAUAAGCAACAACAAUCAACA